AUGGGGAGUCGGGGCCACUACCGGUACCACUGGCAGAGCCACAAUGUCAAACUCAGUGGAGUUGAUGAUAUGGUUCUCCUCAGUAAAAUCAAUGAGGAUGCUAUUGUCGACAACCUGAAGAAAAGAUACAUGGACGACUACAUUUUUACAUACAUUGGUCCCGUCUUAAUAUCGGUAAACCCUUUUAAGCAGAUGCCAUAUUUUGGUGAAAAGGAAGUGGAGAUGUAUCAAGGAGCAGCUCAGUAUGAAAACCCACCUCACAUCUAUGCAUUGGCCGAUAAUAUGUACAGAAAUAUGAUGAUUGAACGAGAAAACCAGUGUGUCAUUAUUAGUGGGGAGAGUGGUGCUGGGAAGACAGUGGCAGCCAAGUAUAUCAUGAGCUACAUCUCCAGAGUCUCGGGAGGCGGAGGCAAAGUGCAGCACGUCAAAGAAAUCAUCCUGCAAUCCAACCCACUGCUGGAAGCGUUUGGAAAUGCCAAAACACUCCGAAACAACAACUCCAGCAGAUUUGGAAAGUACUUUGAGAUCCAGUUUAGCUCCGGUGGUGAACCAGACGGAGGAAAAAUCUCAAACUUCCUUUUGGAGAAGUCUCGCGUCGUGAUGCGAAAUCCUGGAGAGAGGAGUUUCCACAUUUUCUACCAGUUAAUAGAAGGAGCCAGUGGCGAGCAGAAGAGCAGCUUAGGAAUCACCAGCCUGGACUAUUACACAUACCUCAAUCAGUCUGGUUCCUAUAAAGUGGACGACAUUGAUGACAAAGCCGAAUUUAAGGAGACAAUGCAUGCCAUGGAUGUGAUUGGCAUAACUGCAGAAGACCGCUCCAUGGUGCUUCAAAUAGUGGCUGGCGUCCUGCACCUGGGAAACAUCAGCUUCAGGGAGUCUGGGAACUACGCCGCAGUGGAGAGUGAGGAGUUCUUGGCAUUCCCGGCGUUUCUUAUCGGAAUCGACCAGAAUCGUCUCAAGGAGAAACUCACCAGCAGGAAAAUGGACAGCAAGUGGGGAAACACUGUGGAGACGAUCGACGUGACGCUGAACGUGGAGCAGGCGUGCCACACUCGAGACGCCCUGACCAAAGCCCUACAUUCACGAGUGUUUGAUUUCUUGGUUGAGUCGAUUAACAAAGCCAUGGUCAAAGAUCACCAGGAGAUCAAUAUUGGCGUAUUGGACAUUUAUGGAUUUGAAAUAUUCCCGAAAAAUGGAUUUGAACAGUUUUGUAUCAACUUUGUGAAUGAGAAGCUGCAGCAGAUUUUCAUUGAGUUAACACUGAAGGCUGAACAGGAGGAGUACGUGCAAGAGGGCAUUAAGUGGACACCGAUUGAGUACUUCAAUAACAAAAUAGUCUGUGACCUCAUUGAGAGCAAGAAUCCUCCUGGCAUCAUGAGUAUCCUGGACGACGUGUGCGCCACGAUGCACGCCGUGGGGGAAGGCGCCGACCAGACGAUGCUACAGAAGCUCCGGAUGCAGAUCAACACCCACGAACACUUCAACAGCUGGAACCAGGGCUUCAUCAUCCAUCACUACGCUGGCAAGGUGUCCUAUGAUGCUGCAGGAUUUUGCGAGAGAAACAGAGAUGUACUUUUCACUGACCUCAUUGAGCUGAUGCAAAGCAGUGAAAUUGGGUUCAUCAGAAAACUGUUUCCAGAAAACCUUAAUGCCGAUAAAAAGGGUCGUCCAUCUACAGCAGGGAGCAAAAUUAAGAAACAAGCCAAUGAUUUGGUGAGCACUUUGAUGAAGUGCACUCCACACUACAUCCGCUGCAUCAAACCAAAUGAAACAAAGAAGCCGCGAGACUGGGAGGAGAGCCGGGUGAAACAUCAAGUUGAGUAUCUCGGUCUCAAAGAAAACAUCAGAGUUAGGCGUGCUGGUUAUGCCUAUCGGAGAAUCUUCCGAAAAUUCCUCAACAGAUAUGCUAUCCUGACCAAAGAGUCAUGGCCAACAUGGCAAGGGGAUGAGAAGCAGGGUGUCCUCCACCUUCUGCGUGCUGUCAACAUGGACCAGGAUCAGUUUCAACUCGGUCGCUCAAAGAUCUUCAUCAAAGCCCCUGAAUCGCUCUUUCUACUGGAGGAGACAAGGGAACGAAAGUUUGAUGGCUAUGCUAGAACUAUUCAAAAAGCCUGGAGGAAGUAUGUGGCCCGUAAGAAGUAUGUUCAGAUGAGGGAGGAAGCUUCGGAUCUGUUGUUGAAUCGAAAAGAGAGACGCCGUCACAGCCUUAAUAGAAACUUCAUCGGUGACUACCUGGGUAUGGACGACCGGCCAGAGCUACGGCAAUUUCUCGGCAAGAGAGAGAAGAUCGACUUUGCGGACAAAGUGACUAAAUAUGAUCGUCGUUUCAAAGGCAUAAAGAGAGAUUUGAUUCUAACCCCCAAAUCUGUGUACCUGAUUGGGAGAGAAAAAGUUAAACAGGGUCCAGAAAAGGGACAAGUGACAGAAGUACUCAAGAGGAGGAUCGAUGUUGAAAAAAUAUUGACAGUCUCUCUAAGUACUCUACAGGAUGAUUUCAUUAUUCUACACGAGCAAGAGUACGACAGUCUGCUAGAGUGUGUGUUUAAGACCGAGUUUAUUAGCUUACUGGCAAAACGGUUUGAAGAAAAGACCCAACGCAAGCUUCCACUGAAGUUUAGCAACACAUUGGAGAUGAAGUUAAAGAAGGAACACUGGGGCUUUCUGAGCGGAGGAGGCACCAGACAGGUCAGCAUAGGACCCGGACUUCCCAAAAACACUCGUCCUUCCCGUAAAACGUCUUCACAUGGCCAUACCAAUUCCAGCCGAAGACAGCCCUCAAGAGUUGCACCUGGGCCUCCAGCGGGUCACCAGAAUGGAAGAGUAAAAAAUACAAACCAUGAAGCAAAUCAGUGGAACGGAGACCACAAUAGUAACCGACAAAGACGAACUUCGAGCAGCGCAGCACGACCACAUCUACCAACCAAUCACACGCCCCGCAAGGAACCCAGCUCCCCCAGCCAAACACCAGACCCACGCUUUCUCGCAGUGCCUGAAAGAGGAGCUGCUGGAGCGCACAGACCGUCAGCCAACAGACCCCCACCAGGAGCAGGACGGCCCAAACCAGCACCCAAACCUAAACCUCAAGUUCCCCAGUGCAAAGCCCUUUAUGCAUAUGACGCUCAGGACACAGACGAGCUCAGCUUUAAUGCUAACGACAUUAUUGAAAUUGUUAAAGAAGAUGCCUCUGGAUGGUGGAUGGGUCGACUUCGUGGGAAGCAAGGACUUUUUCCUAAUAACUACGUGACAAAGAUCUAG